AUGAGGCCGGGACGACAACGAUGGCGGUAUCACAUCGUCCUCCUCCUCCUGCACUUCCUCCCUGACGUGGCGCAGACGGUCAAGUGCUACUGUACCGACGAUCACUGCGUACCUUAUGGAUCGUGCGAUGGAACCGUCUGUCUGGUCGGCAUACUAAGGGACAGUAACCAGGUGAUACGGACGUGCGGGACCAACACGCUCGGAUGCCACAAGUGAGUCUUUUCAAUAAUAAAACCUUCUUGGUCCCUUCUGGCAAAAGGGCAGACAUCUCCCUUUCCGUUCCUAUCGCGUUUGUUUUGGGAGCCAAAAAGAGAGAAGCCCGAUUAAUUAUUUAGAAGCGCUCGCAUCCUGACGCCUUUUACCCACUUUCUGAAGGGGUUCCACACAAAACAAAGGUGGAAAAAAUACACGAAAACGUGUCUAUCUCUCUUUUUUGUCGUAAAAUGCAAUGAGUUAGUCACGCCUAGGAGUGUUGACGCCAUGCCACAACACUUUGGAUCCGGGUAAUCAGGCUCUAAAGAGCGACCUUUCGGCUGAGCCCAUGAAAGGUGCUCAUUUCAAGGUGUUGUCCAGUCGGAUAACCAGCCGUCUCCCUUGCCCGCCGUUUCCCAUUUGUUCGUAAUGACAAAUUCGUGGUCGUUAGUCCGCACGGUUAUUGCAUUAUUUUGUGGACGCCUCGAGGAACAAGAGCGAGAGUCUAAAUGUCUUUGCCAUUAUCCGUCGGGUCCCGCGAGCGUAGUGGACACCUGAGCAGUUGGGAGCAUUCGAUUACCAGCCUGGGGCUCCAGAAGCAGAAGCAGAAGCCCAUAACAUUUUACGAGCAUCUCGCAUGCAUAUCAGAUUUUCCGCCGUUUUGUACUUUACUCACAGCCCUUCUUCGAACCUAUUCAGCGUUUUUUCGCGCAUUAGAGAUCUGAUAUCUGGGUGCGAAAAAAGAGAGAAAAGAAUAAGGGCGGUCUUCUUAUUCUUCUGCUUCUGCUUCUUCAGCGUUUCCCUCCGCUUCUGCUCCGUCGUCUCAUAUUACCCGAAACUCAACGUGAUGCUCUUUGAGCCCACACGCACAGACGGAGGAAGAGGAUGACUUGCUUCGCAGAGCACAGAGCCUCCUAAUGCAUUUAGUAUGCGACUCCUGAGUCCCUGUGCGUACUCGACGACACUUUCGAAGAAACUUGUGAAUUUCUGAUCAACCGUCACAGGUUUUACACGCUUGAAAUGAGUCAGUUUGCGAGGAGCCAGGGACUAAUUUCUGUCAAAGUGUGUUCGUCAGACCAUGAAGAUGUGAUUUGGGCUGGCUGCUCUCAUAGACUACAUCCAACAAACCCAUCUCGAUUUGGGAAAGACAAACAAAUUCAUCCAUCACGAAUGACAAAUCCUGGCGCAAUGAUGUCGCAGCCCUCUCUUGUUCAUCUGAAAACCCAAAAAAGAACGAACACAGGGAGAGAAAGAGACAACAUGUAUCAUUUCACGCAUCAUUUGUCAGCCGAGCAUUGACUGACGGGGCACUUCAUCGAAAGGCAUACAAGUUUUGACUCUCCUUCUCUCCCUUUCGCUCCCUCGUUCCCACACACACACACACACACACAAAUAUAUAUGGAUCUAUAUAGAUGUGAGCCCAUGUAUGCACACAUCCAUGUAUAUAUUGAGCUCACGAAAAUGGGACUCGCUCUGCUUUGUUUUUGACGGUGGUGCCCGGAAGAGAACGGGCAAGAAGAAGAAUAAGAAUUUAUAAAUUCUCGUGAGGGGAGCUCUGAAUGGGGAGUAAUGAUGAUGGUGAAAGGAAAAUGUAUAAACACAACUUCAGAAACGAAGACGACAAAUGGACGGACUUGUGCGCGUGCGAUCAGCCCUUCUGCAACACGUUCGCUUUUCUGCGGAGCCACACGAGGUCAGUGAGUGGCAUCUGGAAGACAUGACGUGGCAUGCGCUAACACACUCGGAAAGCACUCGCACUGAAUGAAGAGCGGGGGACCCAAUUGGAUUAUCGCUUCUUCUGCUUCUUCUUCUUCUUCUUCGCCGCUUCUUUCUUUUGAUUCAAUGUUGCCAAGAAGAAGGCUCGUUAGAAGAGACUUCUCGAAAAGUGGCUGUCUCCUCCCUCUUCUCUUUUUCCUUCUUUUUCACAAAUUGAAUGUGAAAAGGGGAAAAAAAGAAGCAGAAGAAGAAGAAAAAUGCAUUUUUCUCUGGGUAUGAAACAUCAAAAAGGAUACUUUUGUCGACGCGAGAGAAGCGAUGACGAGCAAUUGUAUUUUGAGAGAAUAGUGCGGGAAACUGGGAGACGGAAGGAAACCAACGAAAGUUUUGCGAAUUUUGACGCGAAAAAGGAAAUGUGCACUUUUAGGUGACUCUCUCUCUCUCUGGUCAGCAGGGAAACGCGAGAUUUUAAGGGACUAGUAAGAAGAUCCAGUACUUGAUUACGGUAGAGCGCUCUUGAUUCACAUUAACCAACCACUAAAUCAGGCACCUGUUGACCAGAAGCCGAUCAUUUUCUCGUCACUCGCGUCGUUUCCAAUUUCCUCUUCCCCGCACCCAAUCCCACCGAACUAGGCGCCUCCACACAAAGAUUUAUGAUCCGGCCGAGCUUCGGAUUCUUUUCGAAUGCACAUUAACAGUCACUCACACACAAAUGCACGAUGUUUUGAUUGGUUCUGAUUGCCGCCUCACUCCUUCUCCUUCUUCUUCUCCAUCCGCUUCUCAUUGUCUCCGUCCCUGGAUGAUGACUCUGCGGCGGCCGCGAAUUUGCAUAAUAGCAUGUGUUUUGUGUGUCUUCAGAAGAACGUCUUCAUCGUCAUCCUCAUCUUCUGCAUCGUCUUCUGGCUUCGCAUCGCCCUCAUCCUCAUCUUCUUUCGAUUCCAGUCGUCAAGAGGACCCGCUGUCGCCUGCUGAUCCGCCAAAUCAUCACGACGCGCCGUUGGUAUUUCACAGAAUGGAUCGGCCGGACGAUGGGGUUCCGCCGCCGCCGCCCGGGUUGAUGGAACGGGAAGGGAACAAUAAGACGUCGUUGCUCACUUUGCUUCUGGUCGUCGUCCCACUUACGGUCGGAGCAGCCACUGUAAUGGUAAGUGAACAGGAGACAGGAUAUUAA